AUGAGAUGUCAAGCAGAAAUCAAGUGCAGCCUACCGAGAGCGUGUCCACCUGAGUCUUAUCCUUUCCAUAUCUGGAGUGGAGCUGCAAAUGUUGUCGGGCCAAAGAUCUGCUUUAAUGGUAAAAUCAUUAUGAGUCAUGUGUUGAACAAUAUUGGCCCAGGAAUCAACCUUGUGGAGAUAAAUGAGAAAAGUGGAGCUGUGGAAAGAUGUGACUUUCUGAAUAUGGAGAAUGGAGACAAGGAUCAAAUAUUUGAAUACCUGAAGAAGAUAAAGCCUGGAAGUAUUGUUUUGGCAGCCUCGUACAUCGAUAUAACUCCAAAAAUGACGGAUGAAAUGAGGCAGAUAUUUGAGGAAAUAGGAAGCACUAAGAUCAGGUCUGUAAAUAAGCGAGACAUGUGGGUGUUUGCUGGAAAAAUGGGGACAAAGGAAAAAAGCCUGUUUGAGAGAGUGAUUGUUAAUGAUCCAAAAACAAACCUUUAUGGUGGCUGGCCAUCGGUGGCAGAAGUGGGCGGCUGCAUCCUAAAGACACAAAUCAACGAAGACGCACAAAUGGCUCCGGAGGCACAGGGGAAACUUUAA